AUGACAGACUCGGAACGACUGGAUCUUGUCGACACUGACAACGAUGACAUCAUUGGCAACAAAGAAGACUUUCAGUUUUUGAUGCACGCCCUGAAUGAUGACCCGGUCCCUGAAGUAGGAGAAGAUAAUGAGAAUGCUGAGAUUGCUAACACUGAUUUAGAUGCGCUGCAGGACAAUACUAACGACGACGACGAUGAUCAUCAUCAGCAUCAUCAGCAUCAUGCACAGUACUCCACCAACAUUAUAAUGGAGGAGGAAGAAAAGAAGGAAAGUUUGCCUGAAAAGCUUGGUGUUCAUUUAGAGGAAACGCGGUCCAAUGAGGAAAAUCAGGACGUUACUAACCAUGAAGAAUCGAACAGCAGCAACAAUGAUAGCAGCAGCAACAACGGCAACAAGAACAAGCUAGAAGAUGCUGCUGCUGAUUCUGACAACCCAACCAAGAAACAAAAGACAUCUCCUUCUUCGUCUUCUGCUUCAGUUACUGAAGCAGAGGAGUGGAUUAAGCAGGGACAUGCCUUGAUGCAAGCAGGCAAGGAAGAUGAUGCUUAUCCCAUUUUGCUAAAGGUCGCCGAAACGUGCACUGCCUUUCGAAAAGAUGGAAUUGCACUUCAUGAGGACAAGCAGUAUGAGAAAGCCAUUGAAACCUUUGAAAAGGCGCUCGCCAUUACCCUCAAAUGCUCGCCUCAGAAGGAUGGUCGCGUGGCCAAUUACCACAUGGACAUUGGACUCUCCUUGGUCGAGUUGGGCAAGUAUGAUCAAGCCAUGGAUAAGUAUCGAGAAGCAUUGGUCAUUCAUUUGGAGGUGGACGGCAAAAAGCAUGUAGAUGUCGCGGGUGUAUACAACAAUAUGGGAUUGUUGUUGCAAAAGCAGCGCCGUUACGAGGAAGCCAAAAUCCGAUACCGACAAGCCCUGGACAUUCAACGGGAAACCUUGGGUACGGAGCAUCCACACGUGGCCCGAAGCUACUCGAACCUGGGAGACUUGCAUACCGAACAAGAGAACAAUCAAGACGCACAAAAGAUGUAUCAACAGGCUCUUCCCAUUUAUGAAAAGGCGGGAGACCGCGUCAUGACUGCCUUGACUCGAACGAAACUGAGAGAGGGUGGAGCUCCUGCUGGAUCAUCAUCUCACACUGCUCUUGGGGGAAGAUAUGAAGUAUAG